CAUGUUCUAUCCAGUUUAGCUGUUUAUCACAUGUCCUGUUUUCCUUUGCCUGAAAAGGUUACUUCUAAGAUCGAUUCCAUUCAAAGGACUUUUUGGUGGUCAAAAAAAGAUCCUAGACACGCUGCUUACUACAGAUCGUGGGGGGAUAUUGGUAGAAUAAAGGGUUCACGAGCUGACUUUGGGCUGACUUAUGAUGCGUUUGAAUCUGAGACGUCUGCUCUUGUUUUGGUUGUCAACUGGGUGCGAGAAAUGAAUCUGCCCAAGGUGUUUUUUGUUAGUGAUUGUCUCCAGUUAGUUGAAUAUUUUCAAAGAGACUGUGUUAAUAUAAGUUGGAGAAGUAGUGAUCUUCUGGAAGAUUGUAGGUGUGUUUUAUCUAGUAAUCAGACUUUUAAGGUUAUGUAUAUUAAGCAUGUUAAGAAUCGUCUAGUUGAUCGACUUGCGCGUCGGGCUAGGAAGUUAUGUAUUAAGAACAAAUGGGUUUCCUUUCCUCUUUUUUGGACUCUCUUGUAAGGAAGGACCCUUUGGUAGAUGUUUGUAACUUUCUUUUCAAUUAAUGUAUGGAGUGUUUCUCAGC